AUGCUAAAUGAAAAAAGUGCAGACGUCUCUGAAAAUUCCCGAGAUUACUACUUUUAUAUUUUUUACAAAAACCAGCCAAUUUUCAAUACUUGCUUAAAAAACAAUGAUCAGGAAAAAAAUAAAAUUGAUAAUAAAAAGUUAGGACGUGAAAAUAAAAAUGAGACUGAAAAAUUAUUACUAGGCUCAAUAUAUGCAAUAAAUUAUUUAUGCUUUAAUAUACAGCCAAAUAAAAAAUUAAAAAACUUAUAUAAGUUAAUGGAUAAUGGCACUAAAAAUAUUAACGUAAAUACAAAAACACAUGAACAAAAUAUAUUAAAUACCCAAAAUAAUUUACAUGUUGGAAAUUUCGAUUCUUUUAAUACCCCUUUAUACAAGUUGCAUUAUUUUGAGACACUCACAGCUUACAAGUUCGUUUUAAUCACUCAUAAAGAUAUGGCCAAUUUAUCAAACUUUUUAAAGGACAUUUACAAAACAAUAUUUCUUGAUUUCAUCAUUUUAAAUCCUCUAUAUCAAGUCGGAGACGAAAUACAAGACAAACUAUUUGAUGACAAAAUAAAAGAACGAAUACGAUCAUUAUUUCUUGUAUAA